AUGCCGUCGACACAUAAGAAAGAGAAGCCCUGGGAUACCGACGAUAUCGACAAGUGGAAGGUCGAGGCCUUCACCGCAAAGGACAAUGCCGGCGGCACAUUCACCGAAGAAUCGUCCUUUGUCACGCUGUUCCCCAAAUAUCGCGAAGUCUAUCUGAAGGAGGCCUGGCCGCUCAUCACCAAGGCGCUGGAGAAGCACGGCAUUGCCUGCACGCUGGAUCUCGUCGAGGGUUCCAUGACGGUCAAGACGACGCGAAAAACCUUUGAUCCCGCCGCCAUCCUGAACGCGCGCGAUCUCAUCAAGCUGCUGGCUCGAAGCGUCCCGGCGCCCCAGGCCGUCAAGAUCCUGGACGACGGCGUCGCGUGCGACAUCAUCAAGAUCCGAAACCUGGUGCGGAAUAAGGAGCGCUUCGUCAAGCGGCGCCAGCGGAUACUGGGCCCCAACGGCUCUACGCUCAAGGCGCUCGAGCUGCUGACAGAGACGUACAUUCUCGUCCACGGCAACACAGUAUCGGCCAUGGGACCGUACAAGGGCCUCAAGGAGCUGCGCAGAGUCGUGGAGGACUGCAUGAACAACAUCCACCCCAUCUACCACAUCAAAGAGCUCAUGAUCAAGCGCGAGCUGGCCAAGGAUCCCGAGCUGGCCAACGAGAGCUGGGACCGCUUCCUGCCAAACUUCAAGAAGAAGACGCUGAGCAAGAGACGGGUGCCCCUCAAGGUCACGGACAAGGCCAAGAAGGUCUACACGCCCUUCCCGCCGGCGCCGGAGAAGAGCAAGGUCGACAAGCAGAUUGAGAGCGGCGAGUACUUCCUCAACAAGGAGGCAAAGGAUAGGGCGGUGCUCACCGACCGCAGAGAGAAGCAGAAGGAGGCCAAGGAAGAGCGGGCAAAGCAGCGGGCAGCCGAGUAUGUACCACCGGAAGAAGAUAGGCCUAAAAAGAAGCGGAAGAAGACUUCUGAGUAG